CAAUAUUCCAAGAAAGAUUGUGUUUUGUUUCUGACCGGACAUUUUUGUGUUUGCUCCUUCAGCUUCCGGCAUCUACAAGAGGAGCGGUGUGAUUCUUUUGGAAAACUCAAGUGAAACAAAAUGCAGGACCCCAAUGAGGACACCGAGUGGAACGACAUCCUGAGGAAGAAGGGGAUUCUCCCCCCGAAAGAAGACCCCAAAGAUGAGGAAGAAGAGGAAGAGUUGGCUCGCCAGCAGCAGUCAGUCGUGAAAACAUACGAGAACAUGACGCUGGAGGAGCUGCACGAGAACGAAGACGAGUUCGAAGAUGAUGACGAGGCGGCCAUUGAGAUGUACAGACAGAAGCGUCUGGCCGAGUGGAAGGCAAUGCAGCUGAAGAACGUAUUUGGGGAAUUGACAGAGAUCUCGGGUCAGGAUUACGUCAAGGAGGUGAACAAGGCGGGAGACGGCAUCUGGGUGGUGCUGCACCUCUACAAGCAGGGAAUUCCUCUGUGCGCGCUCAUCAACCAGCACUUGAGCGCGUUGGCCCGAAAGUUCCCUCAGACCAAGUUCCUCAAAUCCAUCUCAACCACUUGCAUCGCCAACUACCCAGACAGAAACCUGCCCACUGUCUUCGUCUACUUCCAGGGAGACAUGAAGGCGCAAUUUAUCGGCCCCCUCGUCUUUGGAGGGAUGAACCUCACUGUACAAGAGUUGGAAUGGCGGCUGUCUGAGUCGGGCGCAGUGAAGACAGAUCUGGAGGAGAACCCCCACAAGCAGAUCCACGAUCACAUGAUGUCGUCCAUCAGGUGCUCGCUCCCCACUCGCAACCACAACAGCGACGACUCGGACCAAGAUUAAAAACUCUGAUCCUGUCCUUUUUUAAACCACCGCAUUUCAUAUUUUAUUUAAGACAACUGCCAAAACCUCUGCCAGGUGAACAAUCAUGUCUACAUUAAACUUGUCAUUUAUAGCAAUGCUC